UGUGUCUUUUUGUUCCGUUAACUUCCGGCCCGGGCUCAGAGUCCGGACAGUUUUGAAUGUUGAUGUUUGGUCAGAUGAGAAGCUGAAACUGAAGGUGAACACGUGAACAAGAGUUCAGAAACCUCUCCACAGUCUAUAAAGUGUGUCAGUGAUCCGACCUCGACAACAUGAAGUGGGCAUGUUUGACGUCCUCCGCGCUGCUGCUGCUGCUGCUGCUGCUUCCCGUGGAGGGGAGCGUUGAGUCCCUGCACGAGAGCAGGAGGCCGAAUUUUGUCCUCAUGAUGGUGGACGACCUCGGGAUCGGAGACCUGGGCUGCUACGGAAAUAAAACUCUGAGGACCCCCCAUAUCGACCAGCUGGCGGAGGAAGGGGUGAAGCUGACUCAUCACAUCGCUGCAGCCAGCCUCUGCACCCCCAGCAGGGCCGCAUUUCUCACCGGGCGCUACCCGAUAAGAUCAGGGAUUUAUGGGAGUGGGAGAAACCAGGUCUUCAUACUGAACGCAGCGCCCGGAGGUCUCCCCAGCACAGAGGUCACCUUUGCAAAGAUCGCUAAACAGCGCGGCUAUGACACGGCGCUAAUCGGAAAGUGGCACCUCGGACUGAACUGUAACAGCAGCGACGAUCACUGCCACCACCCCAGCGUGCACGGCUUCAACUAUUUCUUCGGCAUCCCUUUGACCAACCUGCGGGACUGCCAGCCCGGACACGGCACCGUGUUCCAGUUCCACAAAUAUCUGCCCUACAGGACGCUGGUCGUCGUCUUACUCACCUCAGUUGUCCUCCAGUACUGCGGCCUCAUCGCCGUCGGCAGAAGGCUGAUCCUGGCUCUGCUGGUUCUGCUGCUGCUGGCUGCAGGACUGCUCGCAGCGUUCAUCACGCUCAUGCCGUACUUCAACUGCAUCCUGAUGAGGGAGCACAGAGUCAUAGAGCAGCCGUUUGUGUCUGAAAACCUGACGCAGAGGAUGACGCGCGAGGCCGUGGACUUCAUGGAGAGCAACGCUGAGACGCCGUUCCUGCUGUUCUUCUCUUUCAUCCAAGUGCACACGGCCAUGUUCGCUUCUGCACGCUUCAGAGGGAGCAGCCAACACGGCAUCUACGGGGACGCCGUCCACGAGGUGGACUGGAGCGUCGGCGAGCUCAUGCAGACUCUGGACAGACUCAAACUGAGAGAACACACUCUGGUGUACCUGACCUCCGAUCAGGGAGCUCACCUGGAGGAGAUCUCUGCACGAGGAGAGGUGCACCGAGGCUGGAACGGGAUUUACAAAGCGGGGAAGUCCACCAACUGGGAGGGAGGCAUCCGGGUGCCGGGGAUCGUGCGUUGGCCGGGGAUGAUCCCGGGCGGCAGGGUGGUAGACGAGCCCACCAGCAACAUGGACGUGUUUCCGACGGUGGUGCGGCUGAGCGGCGCGUCGGUCCCCGAGGACAGGGAGGUCGACGGUCGUGACCUCAUGGCGUUGCUGCAGGGGAAGACGGACAGAUCAGACCACGAGUUUCUGUUCCAUUACUGCAGCAGAUACCUGAACGCAGUCAGAUGGCAUCCUCAAAACAGUAGCUCAGUGUGGAAAGCCUUUUUCUUCACACCAAACUUCUACCCUGAGAACGAGACGGCGUGCCACCACACACACCUCUGCUUCUGCGAGCCGGACUACGUGACCUACCACGAUCCCCCGCUGCUCUUCGAUCUCUCCAGGGACCCGUCGGAGACCACGCCGCUGACUCCCGACGCCGAGCCCGCCUUCAGCUCCGUCCUGGCUGUGAUGAACGAGGCCGCAGAGGCGCAUCGGAGGUCGGUGACGCCCGGGGAGAACCAGGUGUCUGCAGAGGGCCUGCUGUGGAGACCCUGGAUGCAGCCCUGCUGCUCCACGCUCUCUCAGCUCUGUCAGUGUCAGGAGGAGGAGGAGGGGGAGGGGGAGGAGGAGGAGGAGGAGGAAGAGGAGGAGGAGGAGGGGGAGGGGGAGGAGGAGGGGGAAGAGGAGGAGGAGGAGGAAGAGGAGGGGGAGGGGGAGGGGGAGGAGGAGGGGGAAGAGGAGGAGGAGGAGGAAGAGGAGGGGGAGGGGGAGGAGGGGGGGGAAGAGGAGGAGGAGGAGGAGGAAGAGGAGGAAGAGGAGGGGGAGGAGGAGGGGGAAGAGGAAGAGGAGGAGGAGGAAGAGGAGGAAGAGGAGGGGGAGGAGGAGGGGGAGGAGGAGCAGGAGGAAGAGGAGCUGGAGGAAGAGGAGCAGGAGGAAGAGGAGGAGGAUGGAGCUCUCGGUGGUAAAACAAAAAACACUCGUCUUGUGACUAAUGAGACUUUCACACUCUGAUUCGGAGAAGAAAUGCUGCGCCUGGUUUUCAACUGCAGGAAAAAUCUUCAGAGCUAAUUUUACAAUCGUGUCAUUACAGUCAGAAAUCAGACGCCGUAUCCACGAGAUUAUCAAAGCCAGAAUCAGGAGCAUGGGAGCUGGUUUAUGAGCAGGUUUAGACCUCCUGAGUUUAGACUCCACAUUAGUUUGUGACGCUCAAUAAAACCCAAGACGA